UGGGGGGGGGGGAGAGAAAUGGCUGACAAACCGGAACUUCUGGGAAAGGAAUGGGAGGGAGGGAGCGGCGGCCUCAGCUGGGCUGGGUUCCCGCUGGAAGCAGGAAGGGAAGUUUGUUUCUGCCGAAGGAGAAAGUUCACCCUUGGGACGGAGGUGAAGAAUUCAAGGGCCCAGAGCAGAAGCUGGUUCAGGUAUUUAUACAAAACGUUUCUCCAGCUGGCUUACAAUCCGGCAUCCACACGUGCUUAGUGGCCUUUGUCCUCCUGGCCACGAGGUUGCCUCUGGGGCCGUCUUAGCCUUCGGGAGAGUUUCCUGCAGUUUCGUCCGCUUGGCAAGGCAGCCUCAAAAAACGCAAGAUGACCCCUUGUGGGUAAUUCAACCAGUUCUCACUUUUUGGGGGGUGGGGGUGGGGGACCCAUUUGUACAUAGUUUUGAUGGCUGACUUGGGAUGGAGAUGCCUCCGGGCGCUGCUGUCUGUUGGGUUUCAAGGGGACCUUUCCCUCUUCAAAGGAUUCCCUCCUUUUGCUGAUCAAAGUCCAGCUGGUCAGCCUGAGUCACGUGGGAGAAAAGCAAAACGGGGGAGGGCCACUUUUAUUGUGUAAAGUUUGCCCCUCCCCUGACAGGGCCAGGCUCUGCCCUCCCUACGUCCCUGGGUGUGUGGGUAGUUAUCUCUGUGUAGAUUUUGCGUAACAACGUUGCCAGGUCAGAAACACAGUUCCUCUUCUCUCCUGUGGACUCCUCCCCAAAAAGGCCCUCCCGCAGCCCCUGCUGCUGUCCAUGUGACUGCCAUGCUACCCUGCCGGAAGCGCAGCCUGUGCCGCUCAGCCCAGGUACUGGUGGGGCUCUUGUGCAGCCUGGCCACCCUCUUGGUGCUUGGCUUCCUGACUGGCAGCCACCAUGAGGCUCUGCUCUCACGCUCACUGCCUUUCCGGAUGGGCGGCGGUGUGGGGCAGCAACACAUAGGCAACCUGCUUCUGCCACCACCCAAUGCUUUCCCACUGUCCCCAUCACCCUGUACCCCGACCGACCCCUGGCUACUGGUCCUAGUGGCCAGCGCACCUGGGCAUGCAGCCCGGCGGGCAGUGGUGCGGCAAAGCUGGGCAGUUACGAGGGUGGCAGCGGGGCACCGUGUGCGCACAGUCUUCACGUUGGGUCUGCCUGGGGAUGGAGCACAGCAGGCAGCACUGGAGCACGAGGCGGCCGAGCACAGCGAUCUGUUGCAGGCACGCUUUGCUGAUACCUAUGCAAACCUAACAUUGAAGACGCUAGCAAUGCUGGGCUGGGCCAUUGCCCACUGCCCUGCUGCCCACUUCCUGGUCAAGGCUGAUGAUGACGUCUUCCUCAACCUGCCUGCCCUGGCGCGACGCCUGGAGCAGCUGGACAGUCUGCCUGCUGCCUACCUGGGCCAGGUCUACUCGAACGUGGCACCCAUCCGCAAUCCGCAGAGCCGGCACUACUUGCCCAUCUCGCUCUACCCGGAACCCACUUUCCCACCCUACUGCAGCGGCACUGCCUAUGUGCUCUCUGCCCCAGCUGCUGCCGCUGUCCUGCAUGCUGCCCGCCAGCUGCCACUGCUGCCUGUGGAGGAUGUGUUUGUGGCAAUGUGUGCCCACCAUGCUGGCAUUGCCCCAAGCCAUGUGGACCAUUUUUCCGGGGCUUCUCACUACCCACUCGAUGCCUGCUGCUAUCGGGAGGUACUCUUCAGUGUGCACGAAGUGGUACCUGCUGAGAUGCUGGCCAUGUGGGAGGCAUCUGAGCCCCUGUGCACCACCUGGCAGCACUUCUUUGGCCUGGCCCGCUGCAAGGUACUGGCCUGGCUAGCCAUGGAGGAUAACCCGUGACUGUUGACCUUCCCAUCCACGUCUUUGGACAAGCAAAGGGAGUGACUGACUCACAGAAGCACUGCCGGGAACUCCAUCUAGGACUGUGCAGCCGCCUGCCUGGCAGCUGAGCUUCCCUCUUGGGAGUGUGGGUCGAGGCGCUGGCAGCUGUGAAAGUGCCAGGCUGCCCUUGUUGACUGGCCAAUGUGGGCCUUACGCUGAAAAGCUGAAGGGCAAAGGGUCCUGCUUGGACAGAUUGCCUGCCUGGUUUGUGUUUUUUAGGGGUUGUUCAUCCCUGAUUCGGGUGCCAAUUUUGGCAAUGGGGGGCCAAAGUGGACUUUUCACAGCAUCAGCCGCAAGGGAGAGGUCCCACAGAAUGCGUGUGGGGUCUGAGCGGCCAGAUGGACACAAAUGAGUGGGCGUGGCUGGAUCGGCACAGAACAAUUCACAUUGGCUAAAUGGACAUGGGGACAACUCAGGGAGAAUGCUGGGCACUUGCACAAAUACGCACACACUCGUACGCCAUUCCGAGUUUGGGGACGUUUAUCCCCAUCUGUGCUGGGAAGCUACCAAUCGUGCCCAGGCUUGGGGAGAACAAUUUCUCCUUUGGGACUUUCAUUGUUCAUUUCCCCCUUCAGUGUUUCUUUUGCAAACUUCUCCAAAAUUAACUUUUCAUGCCCUGUGGCGGCUCUGGGCCUCUCCCUGCCCAUCCGUGAUCUGUGUCUUACUGGCAACUUGUGGUGCCAGGAUGAUGCAAGUCCCCAAGAUUGGAAUGGGGUGUAUGUGUGAGGGUGAGGUUCAACUUGCCGGUUGGUUUCCCAACGUUUCAUUACCAGGUUGGGUAACACCUUCAAUGUAGUUUUAGGGGAUAGUCAAUGUCAGCGUUCCUCUGCUUCGUGUGGUCAACAGGUCUUGUGAUGGGGAGGUCACGUCAGGUGAGGGUCACAUUGGGUUAAGAUCUCAUGAUGGAGUGGUCAUGUCAGGUGAAGUGUGUGUCUGUGUGCUUGGCUAUAGGCAGUUCUGGGAGGUGAGGAGCUGGUAGGGUGCUGAGUUGUCCCCAGGUCCAGUUAGCCAGUGCGACUUGUUUUGCGUUGACCCAGCCACAUGCACCCAGCUGCACCUAGCUAGCUCCACCCAGCUGGCCUGGCCGAGUCGGUGGUGCUCAGCCAAGCCAGCCGUGUCCACUUCUUCACACCCAACCAGCCACGCUCACCCAUCUGCGCCCUCCUAGUCAUGCCACCCAUCCACGCUGACCUGUCUGGCAUGAGUUGUGUUAGACCUAGACCCACAUCUUGUCAGUGGGGGAAUCCAUUAUAUUAAGCCAGAAUAUGAAGGACUUGUGAAGGCAGCAACUGUGGUCUCUUAGCUGGGAAUUGCCCAGAUCCACCUGUGCAUGGGGGGGGGGAGCUGCAGCCCUUGGGGAAGGGAGGCCCGCUGGGGCAGGAAACCCUCUGCAGUGUCCAAUGCCCGGGAAUACUUUUGGGGGUGCUACUUUGGCCCCCUCCUCCCAAGAAUACUUUAUGCCCCCUGGGAGCCCCCAUUCUUUGCCCGCUGCCAAAGGGUGGGAAGCAGAGGCAGCCCUCUGUUGUCUCCUGCUGUUCUUGAUCUUUUGAAAGAUCAACAUCCUACACACAACACAUCUACAAAUCACAACAGUGUAUUAAUGCAAGGCUCUGAAUAUAAUAAACCCAAGAGUUUCAGGGAGGGUCCAACCGGUCCAGCCCUUAAGGAAAACCAUCCAGACAAUCCUCUUACGCACCGUGGGAAUGCUGGAAUACAUUGGCAGCUAUUUCUGGAAGCGAUCCAGCGUUGACCUGUAGACUACAGGGCCCCCAGCCUCGGGGGUUGCUGGCUGCUUAUCUGCCUGGGUAGAACUUCUGGAUCAGGGCCUGCUGAGAGAACAGGCAAAGCCCUCCCGAGGACUCACAAGCUCCAGAGUUAGGACACAACCAAACAGGUAGUCCUCCAGUUAUGCCCCCCCCCAGAAAAGUACUUACGACAUUCAUAACGUCCCGAAGUUAUGAAUGUUGCAGCAUCAUGGCAGUCAUUCACCAUUAGGACACUGCGACAUUCCCCCUGCCUUUCCCCCCCUCCCCAUUAGGGAUCCAACAGGCACUGGCCCGCUAUGUUAGCCCACCCUGUUACCAAUUACCAAUUGCUUGCUUUCGAAGAUGCAGAGUUCUCCCCAAGCGAGCCGUCUCUUUUCCGGCUUCUGUACCAUGGGGGUCAUGCAGCAGCACGGUUACUCUGCCAGCUCCCGGCCCUCCAAAAGUGGAGCAAUGAGAGCAGUGCUUCCUGCCCAGUUUUGCUGACUCCCCAAGACUGCAUAUGCAGGACAUCCAAUCUGCUUCUGGAGCGCCAGGCAGCCUUGGUGAGUCUGAAGGUGUGUGAGAACGCAUCCCUGAAGGCUUCCGUUUUUCAUAUCAAAAGUUUUUGCAAAGGAAUGGAAGCCUUCGGAGGGACAAUCUCACACCGACUCAGACCUCCAUCCCUUUCCAAAUCUUCUGGCGCAGAGGGCGGAGGCCUGAGAAAGAGCGUAGGAUCGCGGCCCCCAAUGCUUCUGUCCUCCACGCCAAAAAUGUUUACGAAGGGACGGGGGCCCGAAGGGGUGCGAGAUCGUGGCUCCGAAGGCUUCCGUCCCUUUGCGAAAUCUUUUGGUGUAGAGGGUGGAGGCCUCAAGCAGCACGAGAGUGUGGCUCUGUAGGCUUCUGUCGUCCGUGGCAAAAGGUUUUGCAAAGGGACGGAAGCCUGGAGCAGCGUGAGAUUGUGCCUCUGAAGAUCUCCGUCGUCCCUUUUGGCGUGGAGAACAGAAGCCUUCAGGGGUGCAACCUCGCACUCCUUCAGACUCACUGAGGCUCCAAAAGCAGAUUGGGUGUCCCGAACAGGCAGCCUCAGUGAGUCAACGAAGCCGGGCGUGUUUGUCCCACGCUGCCUCUGCAUUCUCCUCCACUCCUCUUUUGAAGCACUGGGAGGAGACAAACAUACCACACACUGCAGGGAGGCUGGAGAGGAGAUGGUUUGGAGAUCUUGGAAAGGUAAGUCCCAGGUCCUGUGAUGACCCAGUGGGGGGAGGGGGCAGGAUAGAGGUGGGUGGGUAGGAAGCAUGAGAUAUCUCACUAGGUGGUGGGGAGGCCUUGGGUGGUCCCAGGCUUCCCCACCCGGCAAUACUUCACAUGCACUUAACGGCCUGUGCAUUCGGUUAGGUAAGGGAUCGCGUUCAUUUAACUUGACCCGAUUAAUGAAUCCUUGGGUUACAAAUGUAAUUUGCAGGCUCCAUUCCAUUCGUAACUAGAGGAUUACCCGGUAACCGUUGAAGAUUAUUCCUGAGUCGAAUGUAAGCACAUUCCUGUGCUGGGUUUUAUUAAAAAUAAACCUUUGGCAACUA